UCGUGAACAAGAGUUUUGCAGAAAAUGCGUAUUUAGCACUACGAAAAUAAGCAAAAUUAUACAAAUUUUCGCGGUUGUUAAUAUAAUUUAUAUGUUAUAUCUAUUUGUGGAUUUAGAUUUUAAUCAAAUAAAGAUUUAGUGUAAAAUCAAAUGAACUACUUCUAAAAUGGAAAUAACGCGAAAGAAUUUUGCCGAACAAUUUGAUAACAUAAGUAAAAACUUGAAGAAGUCAUGUUUUGUGGGCUUUGAUGCGGAGUUCACGGCCCUAUUAUCUGGAGAGUGCUUCAAACAUCGGUUAUUUGAUACAAGUGAAGAGCGGUAUGACAAGAUCAAAUCGGAAGUGGGUAGAAUGAUAAUGACCCAAGUAGGAUUGACUAUGUUCCAAUAUGACCGAGAACAUGACACAUAUGUAGCUACGGGAUACACUUUCCAUCUCUGUCCACAAGCGUUUGGAGAUGUAGACCAGUCUUUUAUAUUUCAAGCUUCAACACUUAGGUUUCUUUGUAGACACAACUUUAAUUUUAACAAGUUCACAUAUGAUGGCAUUCCGUACCUAAGCAAAGCGGAGGAGGCGCAGGUGCGGAAACACCUUGCGGACAACAUGAUGUUCAAGAACCUAGCCCGCAUGCUGGAGAUGGAGGAUGAGAAGCUGCUGCAGAGCCACUGCUCUAACGUUUCUAAAUGGUUGAGCAACAAUGAAGAGGACACAAUGUACAUAGAUGUAGCGAGUCCGGUGCUCCGAUACGUUUUACACAAUGAAAUCAGGCUGCGCUUCCCAGAAGUUCUCACUACGGAUAGCCUAGGUAAUAGUAACAAGGUACUAAUAUACAAAGAUAAAUACGUAGAAGGCGCCAACAACGCUCCACUAGCGACUGAAGAAAACCUCAUGAGCCACCUACUAGGCUUCUCUCAAAUCAUCUCACUUCUCGAGCAGUACCAGAAACCCAUCGUCGGUCACAACAUAUUCAUAGAUACAGUACUUCUCCAUAAUCAAUUCAUAGGACCGUUGCCUAAGAAGUAUUCUACGUUUAAAAAGAAUAUUCACAAGAUGUUUCCAAACGUCUUUGACACGAAAUAUAUUUCUCAUGUUAUGGGUAAGAAGUUGACGUAUGAUGAGGUGUGGAAAUCGAAUGCGUUACAAGAUUUAUAUGAAUUUUUCUCAGAAGCGAAAUGCAGGAAAUUACAAAAUGGGGUAAAUCUAAUAAAGCUGAGUACGCCAUUUGAUGUGCAGCAAACUUAUCAUGAAGCAGGGUGGGACUCCUAUUGCUCAGGCUACUGCUUCAUACGCCUCGGCCACUGGGCGGCGUGUGAGAAUAUCGGCAAGUUCCGACCAGUCGGCCCUUCGGAGGCACUUGCUGCUUUAUCUCCUUACAGCGGCAAGGUCAAUGUUAUACGGGGUGCUAUUCUGUACAUGAACCUAGAAGGCGACGACCCGCCGCGCCAGCGGCCCGACUGGUUGCACGUCAGAGCUCUGAAGGAAAGGGUGCUUAACGUAGAAAAGUUGGCUUCGCUCCUGGCCGGCCUAGGAUCCGUUGACGUGAAGCCACAUGAUAAACGCUCGGCGUUACUUGCCGUCAGUUCGCAGUAUACAGCUGAUAAGAUCCUGCGUCAGUUCCGAGACAGCCGGGAGUACAAGAUAUCGAUGUACAACGUGUAUAGACACUCUAAGCGGGCGCGGGUAGCAGUGUGGAGUAGUGCCAUCAUCACGAGUAGCCUGGUGCUAUACGUCCUCCACAAGAGUGUAAAGGGAUAAAUGUACAUAUUCAUUAAAUCUUGUAUAAAAUAUCUAUUACUAUUAUAGAAACCGACUUGCCUUGAAAUGCAAUAUGUAAUUAUAAAUUACGCUUCAAGAAUAAUGAGAUAAUGUAAUAUUUUCCAACAGUAGCGCAAAAUAGAUAAUUAAGCUGUUAAAUAUUAAGGAAAAUCUAAUUAGUAGAUAAUGAAUAAAUCUUGUUUUCUAA